UCCUAGGAUGGCCCACCUGGCAGAGCCGUUGUGAGUGUUUUGUAUGGGCCAUCUUAGAGCAAUAAAGAAAAGUUUUGGUUCCCACGUUGUUGCCGCGACUGAAUGUUGAUCCAACUUAUCUUAUUCCUGUUUAAAGGCACUUAUAUUGUAAUCCAAAUUCUCCGGGUAAACCUUUUAUUCUGAACAAACAACCAACCCACUUUAGCCAGUUAUCAUUCCGUGGUAUUAUGAUUGCUGCUAUUGUGAUAAGAGUUAAAAUGGCACACCGAUCGAAGGAACGGCUUUCUCAAAUGCGUGGCUUUAAUCCCCCCCCUUCUUUUUCUCGCGACCGAGAGCUGGAGCGGAAGAUGCCAACGCAGCCUUUCCAGGCCCUGAGCCUGGUAACCGAGGCCUCAGGUCUGAAGGCGAGGGCCCCACCUGCUCUGCUUGCCUCUUUCUGGAUAUUAUGCGCAGGAAACCGAUCAUAAUUCUGCUCAGCUUCCCACUCCCCGGGCUUUCAAGAGGGCUGCAGAAAGCACAACGGACGGCAUCUCGGAGGAGGAGACCUGUGAGAAGCUGAAGGGCCUGAUCCAGCGCCAAGUGCAGAUGUGCAAGAGGAACCUGGAAGUCAUGGACUCGGUGCGCCGAGGGGCGCAGCUGGCGAUCGAGGAGUGCCAGUUCCAGUUCCGCAACCGCCGAUGGAACUGCUCCACUCUCGAGAGCCUGCCGGUUUUCGGCAAGGUGGUCACGCAAGGCACGCGAGAAGCUGCCUUCGUGUAUGCGAUCUCCUCUGCCGGCGUUGCCUUUGCCGUGACAAGGGCUUGCAGCAGUGGAGAACUGGAGAAAUGUGGCUGCGAUCACACGGUCCAUGGCGUCAGCCCUCAGGGCUUCCAAUGGUCCGGCUGUUCUGACAACAUCGCUUAUGGGGUAGCUUUCUCACAGUCAUUCGUUGACGUGAGAGAGAGAAGCAAAGGGGCCUCGUCUAGCCGAGCCCUCAUGAACCUCCAUAAUAACGAAGCUGGAAGAAAGGCCAUUCUGAACCACAUGCGGGUGGAGUGCAAGUGCCAUGGAGUGUCAGGCUCCUGCGAGGUCAAGACUUGCUGGAAAGCCAUGCCUCCUUUCCGCAAAGUGGGCAAUGUGCUGAAGGAGAAGUUUGAUGGAGCCACAGAGGUCGAGCAGCGGAAGAUUGGCUCCACCAAGGUGCUGGUCCCCAAGAAUUCCCAGUUCAAGCCACACACAGACGAGGAUCUGGUGUACCUGGACUCCAGCCCCGAUUUCUGUGACCAUGACUUAAAGAACGGCGUCCUUGGCACCAACGGGAGGCACUGCAACAAGACCUCCAAGGCCAUUGACGGCUGUGAGCUGAUGUGCUGCGGUCGCGGCUUCCACACGGACGAGGUGGAGGUGGUGGAGAGGUGCAGCUGCAAGUUCCACUGGUGCUGCUUUGUCAAGUGUAAACAGUGCCACCGGGUGGUGGAAAUGCACACAUGUCGGUGACAUGGGGAAAGCGAGCCAAGAGACCUCGUGGGACGGGGUCUUGGGAUCCCCAACAGAAAAUUGUCGCAAAGAGGGAACAGAUCUUUUUUUAAAAAAAAGAAAGAAGAAAAAUAUUUAAAGUUCCAAUAAUGAUUGUAAUUUGGGGGAGAGGGGAAGAUCAUUGUUACCACAUAGAAUCUUUGUUCCUUAUUGUCCAAAUCAGAACCUGUUUUCUCUUCAGGAUGGCAGACAUUCAGCUGGGGAAGAGGCGGACUUCAUCUGUAGGCUUCCAAAAAGCAGGGGAGGGUGCAUUGGGCACCAAAAUGCCCCUUCUCGCUGUUUGGAGCAAGCACUGACUACCGAAAGAAGGGGCUGUGAAAAAGAAUGAUUUAAACUCAUUUGCACGUGACACAUCACAAGUUUAGAAAAUGGGAAGCAGAGAGGAUGACCCAGAUGACAACUCAGUCACUUUUCCAGAGCCCUCAGCACACCACAAACAGGUCUUAUAGGGCUAUUCUCUCUGAAUUUCUAUGCAGAAUGGGGGCAACGUAACUACAUCACAAAAUCUCUAGAGGUGCAGACCUGGCUUCGUCUUAUUUCCCAGAAACUGUUUCUAACAACAAGGGAUUUAAUCGAGUAAUUCUGGAUGUAGAAUCCCAGCAUCUUCUUUGGUAGUACAGGUAGUCCUCAUUUAGCGACCACAACGGGACAAGCAACUCGGUCAUUAAGCAAAGCG